GCGCAGCCUGAAAGCGAGAAAUCGGGGCUACGCACUUUGCGCCCCAUCGCUGCAUAAAGCGGAGCGGGGCGUGCCGCUGCUGCGUAAGCGAGUUGGUGAAUGCCGCCUCUCGCCUGUGUGGCGGCCGCGUUUUGCGCGCAGUGAGGAUUUUGGUACCGAGCGGAGAGGAGAUGCACACGGCACUCGAGUGAGGGGUGUCGAAGCGAGGAGAUGAUGAGAGUUCACACGCACACCAGGUUCUGCUUCCUUUGUGUUCUAACCCUUCUGUUUCAUCAAUGCACUCACUGCCAUGAGGGCGGCCAUCAACACCAUGGCCACGAGCAUCACGACCAUGAUGAUGACCAUGGCCACGAUAAUGACCACGCUCAUGUUCACAACGACCUGCAGAUAUCUAAGGCAUCUUACAUCGGCCAGACUGAUCAUUCAGCACCCGGCAGCCAGAGUGAAGCAGCGGCGAAUGAGCAGCAAUAUUACAUCCAGCAACUUUUCCGCCGCUACGGCAAACAGGACCGUCUGGAUUUUCGAGGAUUCCAGAGCCUGCUACUGAGCCUGGGCCUGGGCGAGGUGCGGGUGGUGGGAUUAGAGCAUGAUGAUUUAGGCCAUGACCAUGUAGCCCACCUGGACCUCCUAGAAGUGCAGGAAGGCCUCCACUCUCAUUCGGCUGGCCAUUCGCACCCACAACCAAACUCGCACUCCCACCACAACCACCACCAUCACUCCCAUGGGGAGGCUGGUGGAGGCCAGCCCACAGUCCAGGAACCCUGCAGUCCUAGUUUUACUGCAGGAGCCAGACCGACUGUACGCACUGGAGCUUUGGAGCAACACAGUCCUGAUCUGGACAAAGACAGUGACCAUGAUGAUCAUGACCAUCAUAAACACUCGCAUGGUCACGCACAUGACCAUAAUCACGAUCAUGAUGAACACGACCAAACUCACCAGACUGACCACACGUCCCUCAAAGACCAAACCCAACAGCAUCACAAUGACUCCCAAGAACACAAUGACCUGGGGCAGGACCACAACCCUCUAACGCACACCAAUAGCCAUGAAGUGGGUAACACACAGCCCCAUCACCAUCACGAGCAUCACCACCACAAACACCCCCACCCUCACAACCACCACCAUCACACUCCAGACACGACAGACCAACUCAACCCUACACAGCCAACCCUAGACUCCAAUGCUGGGCCUUCCAACCUUCAGCCCUCGUCACCCACACAGCUCCCCACCGUAAGGCCCAAGAGGGUCAGGAGACCCCCGAAAGCUAGAGGGCACCGCAGCCGCAACAAAACAGCCAACACGUUUGAUCCAACCGUCAGCACGGAGGGGGACGACCACAACCAUGACGACGACAGCCACGAUGAGCAUGUGCUCAGCAGUCUGUCCCACAAAGAAAAAAGAGCGGUUCCAGUAGACAUGACCAGUCCAAACAUCUCACUGACUGGCCAUUUUGGGGAUGUGCCUCACCAACAUGAGGAGUGUCUGAACCUAACCCAGCUCCUGCAACACUACGGCCUGAGCCCCGACUCCCUCAUCUCUCCAGCUCAGUUCACCUACCUCUGCCCCGCCCUGCUCUAUCAGAUAGACAGCCGGGUCUGCAUCCGCCAUUACCAUCAGGUUGCCAUGGAGGAAACACAACCGCACUCAGUGUGGAUCUGGGUGUGGGGCUUCGUGUCCAUCACAGUUAUCAGCUUGCUGUCCCUGCUGGGUGUGGUGCUGGUGCCCAUUCUUAACCAGUCCUGCUUCAAGUACCUCCUCACAUUCCUGGUGGCAUUGGCUGUGGGAACCCUUAGUGGAGACGCCCUCCUCCACCUGCUGCCUCACUCUCAAGGAGGUCACGACCACAGUCAUGGAGAAGAAAACGCAGAGGAGAUGGAUCUGCUGACGGAGUUUGAUGGCGUGUGGAAGGGUCUGACCGCACUGGCAGGAAUCUACCUCCUUUUCAUCAUCGAACACUGCAUCAGCAUGGUCAAGCAUUACAAAGACCAAGGGGGUAGCUUCUGUAGGAGGAAAAAGCGAGGCGAGGAGGGGAAGAUUGGAAGGAAGUUGUCAGACCACAAGCUGAACAGACGGUCAGAUGCUGAGUGGAUGCAUUUGAGACCACUGACUGAAGGCUCCCACAACGACGCUCAGCUGAACGAACUGCAGCCUUUGGACUCGGCAAACAAGCCGCCGCUGACCAACACAGACUCACAGAACUCCUCCCAGCAAGAGACGGCUAUAUCUGCUACAGAAAACGGCAGGAAGGCCAAGACAAAGAAACACGGGCACGGCCACUCACACGGGCACUCCCAUCACGGGCACUGCCACACAGACAAGGAGAUGAAGGACGCCGGGAUAGCCAGUAUAGCCUGGAUGGUCAUCAUGGGUGAUGGCAUGCACAACUUCAGCGAUGGUCUGGCCAUCGGUGCUGCUUUUAGUGCCAAUAUAACAGGAGGAAUCAGCACAUCUGUUGCUGUUUUCUGCCACGAGUUGCCUCAUGAACUGGGUGACUUCGCAGUGCUGCUGAAGGCCGGCAUGUCCGUGAAGCAGGCCAUUGUGUAUAACCUGCUCUCAGCCCUCAUGGCCUACUUCGGAAUGGUGAUUGGCACAGCCGUGGGCCAGUACACGCACAAUGUUACCAGCUGGAUCUUUGCCGUCACCGCUGGCAUGUUCCUCUACGUAGCCCUGGUGGACAUGCUGCCAGAGAUGCUCCAUGGGGACAGUGAAGAACACAAGCGCUGCCACCUGGGUCACUUUGUGCUGCAGAACCUGGGCAUGCUGACCGGUUUUGGCAUCAUGCUGCUCAUCGCCAUUUUCGAGGACCAUAUUGUGCUGGACUUGGACUUCUAGCCAGAAGCUGGGGACCUAAGCUACUCUGAUCCCCUCCCCUGAGCUUUACCUUGAAGUGGCUUCGUCUUCAUGGCGGUUACCGUCCUCCAAGCAUGGCGCAAAGUGUCCUCUCAUCUCAUUUGUGACAACUUGUCCCUCUUCGGAGGGAUCUUCAGUGGCUUACAGUGGACAUGGACAUGCAGACACCAACGUUUACAUUCAACCCUGUGUAUGUGUGUGUUUGUGUGUGUUUGUGUGUGUGUUUGUGUGUGUGUAUGUGUGUGUGUGUGUGUGUGUGUGUGUGUGUGUGUGUGUGUGUGUGUGUGUGUGUGUGUGUGUGUGUGUGUGUGUGUGUGUGUGUGUGUGUGUGUGUGCUACCAUGUGUAACAACAGUAUGGGUGUAUAACUCGACUCAUUGGAAAUAGAGAACAUGAACUCUGAUGUGUUAAUUAGGUCAGCCUCUCUUUUUUGGAUCCCUUCCUUGAACUUUAACAUGUAUAUGGUCAAAACUAUUGCGUCUCAAUGUAAGCACGCAUAGAUAUCCAUAUAUACCAAUGAAAAACUAACAUAUCGUCGAUAUAUAUUUCUCUACACUGACAUGAAGAAGAUCCUAAAUUGAAGUAAAAUCCCUUUAACCUCACUACGCUCUUAAAACAGAGAACAAGGGUGGAUCCUUAGAGAGAGGCAGCUGCUCCAGCCACUCAACUCCAUUUUCCUGUCGAGUCGUGCGCUCACUAGGCUCAUGUUAAGCCCCUUUUCAUUCGUAGUGCACGUAGGGCAUGUCCCGCUGCCCCUUCCAAGCAAAAUGUGAAACCCAUCUUGCUGUGUUCUGUCUAGUGUUGUCCUGCCAUCGUGGUGCUGAGUCACAGAUCAUAGAGCUACGGGCUCCUCCAGUAUUAAAGCGAUCUCGGGACUGGGGCUCCUCGUGUACUGUACCGGGAAUUAACGGCAGACGUUUUUUUUUGCCAGGCUUGGAUAAACUUGAUGCUGUUUCGGAAGCCUUUCUCUUAAACCAGCGCAGCUGUUUUCAUCCCUGGUUUUCCAUUCUGUUUUAUGUGCACUAUUCCUACUGUACUUAUGGCGAUGUCUCUUAUGCACACUAAGUUCAGAAUCAUUCACUGUCCUGAAUACCCCUUCUUCCUCUCCACCACACACUUCUAUUCUUUUCUUACAUUGAGUCAGUUAUGCCUUGGUUUUUGCUAACCGUCUGAGUUUUAUUAGCCAAUGGAAGUGCAGUGUUAGGAAAUGGACCAACAUGCAGCCUGAAGACUUGAACAAUCUAUCAGCAAGGUCAAGCUACCGCUGUUCAAGUGUAGUAGUUAUUUUUUUUGCAUAGUUCUGAAGCGUCAGUUUAGGUGAAGUAGACCAGCAAGUCAUAUCGGUACGCAGAGCGCUUUUGUUGAAUUGUCUGUGUAGAAUUGUUUAUUUACUGCAUUGUUUAAAACAAUACAGACUAAUCGUACAUGAUCUCGUUUUGGUUUUAUACUGUUUGUCUCAAACUUCCAAGCUGUGUAACAGAAUCCAGUGGAAUUAUGAAUAAUUUGAUGAUUUAGGGUCUUAUCAUAUUUCAACUAGACCUCCAACAAUUAAUGUAAUGAAGAAGAAUAAUAAGGAAUAUGAUAUACCGUCUUGCCAGCAUUUCUGAUUGUGAUGUUGAAAUUUUGACAAUUGGCCAAAAUUGAUUUGAUAUUUUUACAUUAAAAACUUGUAAACUUUCAAAUGAGCUUAACAUUUCUAAUAAAAGCACUUCCUUUAAAAUCUAAGUCUAAAUGUCUGGACCAAGGUUGAGGUGUUUGUUACAUUGCUGUUAUUUUGGUCCGGUUUCUUUUAAUUCUACUAAAGAACAUUGCUAUAUUAUGUCCUAUGUCAUCACCUGUGUGGGCUGCGCCUCUCUAUACUUGACAUCGACACUGAUCAUUGAUUAGUUUUGUAAAAGGUUGUACGUCAUGCCAGAAUCGGACUCCCUUUGAGUAAAGGUGCCUUCUGCAGCAGAGUGAGAAUCCUCUCUGAUUGCUUUGUGUUUAUAAAUUAGGGUUAAUCUACAGUUACAGUAGAUAAAGGAAUCACCAGCACCGUAAUCUGUUGUACACGACAAUGCUGCGUGACUCACCUGUGCAUGAAGGAGAGUCUGAUUUUGGCACAACACCCGCACUCAGCUUCAUGUAAUUGGUCUGAGAGUGUGCUUUGAAACCUGCUGUUUGUUCUGGACCCUUUUUUUGUUUUAAAUCAAACAUGAUGGAUAUAAAAGCAGCCCAGAUACAU